AUGCUUCGCUUCUUUGCUCGCAGCAGCGAGAAGUGCGAUGGUAGUGAAAACGCCGACUUGAACACCACAGGCUGCGGUUCACCUAUGAUGUCUUCCAUCACGACUCCGUCUACGAACCGUUCGCUAUCCAUAAGAUCCAACCACCGCCGCAACGGCUCUCAAAACACAUCCACAAAGCGCACCGGCUUCUCCUUCAACUCUCUGCGCGGCAACGUCCAGCCCGAGCUUUCACGCAAGCUCUACCGCAUCAUCAAGAGCGAGAACAACCUCAUCACCGCCCACGAGACGGCCGGCCGCGAGCGCAUCUCCAUCGCCACCCAGCUGUCCGAGUGGGGCGAGCAGACCAACGACGCCGCCGUCUCUGACGUCUCGGACAAGGUCGGCGUAAUCCUCAGCGAGCUCGGCGAGCAGGAGGACCAGUAUGCCCACUCACUCGAUGACGCGCGUGGUGUUCUCAAGCACAUCCGCAACACGGAGAAGAGCGUGCAGCCAAGCCGCGACGGCAAGGAUAAAAUUGCCGACGAUAUUGCCAAAUUGAAGAUGAAGGAGCCUCAGAGUGCUAAACUCGUUGUGCUCGAGCAGGAGCUCGUUCGUGCCGAGGCGGAGAACUUGGUCGCCGAGGCCCAGCUAACGAAUAUUACUCGCCAGAAGCUCAAGGAAGCCUACGAGGCCGAGUUUGCCGCAACCAUUGAGCGAGCCGAGAAGCAGAUCAUCCUCGCCAAGCACGGCCGACGACUGCUGCAACUCCUUGACGACACCCCGGUUGUUCCAGGCGACAUGCGUCCGGCCUAUCACCAUGCUCAACAGGCACGGCAGAUUCUUAACGACGCGGAAGACGACUUACGUGACUGGCGUCCCGAACAGGAUGACUACGCUGUCGACCCAUCCGACUCUGUGUCCAACGCUAGGGGAAAGCAGAGCGUGGGGCAUGACGACGACGCCCAUAUCGUUGCCAGUUCAGCAACUAGAAACAAGGCGACUCAAGAGAGCGACGCCGGUAGCGCGGUGAGCGAUGGAACGAGACAGGGCGAGGUGUUGGCAGCUCAUUAG